AAAGCAGUGUCCUUCGCAGUCGCAGCUCACAGGAAGCCAAACCAGCGAGCAGCGACCAUCUCGCGCUCCUUCGUGCCCGUCUCUCGUCUCCCUCGCUUGGGUUCCUACUUUCUUUAGCCACCACUACUGAGGAGAGCGAUGGCAGAGCGGCUCUCCGCCACGGCCUCCUGCCUCCUCCCCGCUGCCGCCGCCAAGCGGGGGGCGCCGGUGGCCCGAUCGUCCCUCCCCCUCCUCCCAUCUCCGCCUCGCGGCGCCGCCGCCGCCCGCUCCCUCCACCUCAUCCCGGCCGGCCACCGCGCCGCCCUCCGCCCCUUGUCGCCGCUAUCCUCCCUCCUCCCCCGCCUCUGCAAGAGGCCAGAGGCAACGAGCCGGGCGAUGAGCUCGUCCGCCGUGUGCUCAGCAUCGGAUCCGGAUCAGCUGAAGAGCGCAAGAGAGGAUAUCAGGGAGCUCCUUAAGACCACCUUCUGCCACCCAAUUCUGGUUCGUCUAGGAUGGCAUGAUGCUGGUACAUAUGACAAGAAUAUUGCAGAAUGGCCACAACGGGGUGGAGCUAAUGGAAGCCUGCGAUUUGAAAUAGAACUAAAACAUGCAGCCAAUGCUGGUCUUAUAAAUGCAUUAAAGCUUCUUCAGCCUAUCAAGGACAAGUAUUCUAGUGUUACUUAUGCAGACUUGUUCCAGUUAGCCAGUGCUACAGCUAUUGAGGAGGUGGGCGGCCCCCAAAUCUCCAUGAAGUAUGGAAGGGUAGAUGUAUCUGGACCUGAGCAGUGCCCACCUGAGGGGAAGCUUCCUGAUGCUGGCCCACCAUCACCGGGUGCUCAUUUACGGGAUGUAUUCUACAGAAUGGGCCUUAAUGACAAGGAGAUUGUUGCAUUAUCUGGUGCACAUACUCUGGGAAGGUCCAGACGGGAGCGUAGUGGUUGGGGCAAACCAGAAACGAAGUAUACAAAAGAUGGACCUGGAGCACCUGGAGGACAAUCAUGGACAGUGCAAUGGUUGAAGUUUGACAACAGCUAUUUCAAGGACAUCAAAGAACGAAAAGACGAGGAUCUAUUAGUUUUGCCUACAGAUGCUGUUUUGUUUGAGGACCCCUCUUUCAAGGUUUAUGCUGAGAAAUAUGCAGAGGAUCAGCAUGCGUUUUUCAAGGAUUAUGCUGAAGCUCAUGCUAAACUUAGCAAUCUGGGUGCCCAAUUUGAUCCUCCAGAGGGCAUCUCAAUAGAUGAUGACUCAAAAACCGCCACACCAGAGCAAUUUGUGGCAGCCAAGUAUUCUUCUAGCGAAGAGAAGGCUUAAAAAAUCAACAAAUAUCUUUUGUUCUGCUGCGUCUUUCAAGUACACAAGACGAAGCUUUUCCAACAGCAUGAAUACUUAGAAUUUGGAAAAGAGAUUAACGAAGUAAAAGAAAUAAAUAAACCUUAUAUUUUAAAUGCAAAGAAAACUAUCAGAGGCCAAGAGGCAGAAGAUAAGGACAGAGCAUGAAGCAAUUGGAGGGAGCCCAGAUAAGCCUCUUAAAUCCAAUUACUUGUUCAGUAUCAUGAUCCUGUCUGCUGCCUUGGCAUUUUCAAUGUCUCUGUUUGGAACUGAACAUAAUUUUGUCUUGGAUUGUUCUUUUACCUAUGUUCUGUACCAUUUUACUGGAAUUGGGGGGUGGUGUUGGUUUAGCAUUGAAAUAUAGUCUUUGCAUGAAAAUUUUGGCACAUGGGUAAUAACUAUUUAUUGAAGUUGGAAACUCUCAGAUUGCUACAGGUGUCUUUCAUAAGUGACUGGCUUAACUGGAUUGCAUUUGUCUGUUUAAGAUUUGGACAAUUAGAUGCCUCCCAGGUUACUUUCUCUGGUGGCUUCCCAGUUCCAUCCGCAACUGCCUACUGGUAUAGUAUCUGUCAUUCGGACUAUCCGUAUUUGGUACGCAAUACUAACUUCUUGCGGUACGGCUGGGUUGGUUCUGGACUGGGCGAAGAAUAUGCGUAUGUUUCUUGUUAUAAUACCCUUUCUGGCUUACUAAAUAUUAUUUAGUAGGUCUCUUUCUUAAAUUGCACUUGCGGCUGCUAGCAUUGAAGUUAUGGGAGCAGGUUGGCAUGCUUGUGGUCCGGGUAUUCCUGACAGGCGCAUUAGCAUGGGUCUGUCAGACUUUAGGCAUUUGUAGAAGUAUAAAUUUAAAUGUGGAACAAUGAUUGAUCUAGGAACCUGAAAGGUAUUGGUAUUGAUUGGGAGUAAGUGGAUUGGAUACUAGGUAGUGGUAGGUUCGGCAAUUGAGAUAAUAGCAACAUAAUUCAUGUGACAUGAAAUCUCAAGGAGAUAACAUGUGGGUUGAAUUAGUGCCCCUGAUGGUAUUGUUAAGGAGUUGGUGGGAAAAUUCAAAAAUUUUCCUCCUUUCAAACUUCACUAAAAGUUUAGUUGCGAGUCUAAUCCCCUAUUGGAAAGGGAUAAUCUCUUAUUGAUAUUUAUCUAUCUUCUUUCUUUGUCCAUCUUUACUUGAAUUAAGGAGGAAACUGGGUUUUACACCACCUAUGCAUCCUUUUGACCAGACGAAAGUAUCUGUCUUUGAUAUUUUGAAGAUAUCCGGUUGUAUCUUAGGACAAAAUUUUAUUUUAAUAAAAAUACUAUUUUUGUGAGAACCGGUCUGAUUGGAUCUGAUUCAAUGUGAAGUCAGCAAGCCUUGCUGGCUUCAUCAAAAAAGUUUUCAAAAAAAAAAAAA